CCAUUUCUGAUCCACUUGAACCCCAAAAAUCGACAAUAAUUCAUCCCCUGAUCGCAUUUCAUUUCCCUCAUUUGGUUCUUUACCUGAUCCCAACCUUCGAAGUCUUGUUCAAUCAGGUUUUGCUCUUCUCUUCUAUGGCCGAUCCAGCGGAUUCGUGCAAAGAUGAGCAUUUCGUCGAAAUCCCGAUAGAUGCUGAGAACGAGAAGAAGCUCUCACUGGCGAUAAACCCAAUCACAGCAAUCCAGCACCACCCUCUGAUGGAGAUCUCCGAGAGCCCGGGGCACUUGCUCCUCCUCAAGCUGUGGCAAAGAGAAGAAAACCUGUUUGCGAGAAGAGCAGCGCUCAGGGAGAACCGGAUGGACACCAUCAAGCGCGAGAUCUUUGAGCUCUGUUGCUCCUUCUCCGUCUUCCACUUCCUCUUCCUCAUGCUCUUGUACACGUCCUCGGUCGAUGAGGGCCGCGACCGUAACUGCAGAGACUGGUGGAUCCCAACUGUCCUGUCGGUUUGCACUUCUCUGGUUCUUGUGGCUCUAGUCCAGGUGAAGGUCUGGAGUUACUGGAAGGUCCGGAGGCAGCUGCAGAGGGAGAAAGGCGACAAUCGGGCCCUCACCCGGUGCGUCCAGGAACUGAGGAUGAAAGGGUCGAGCUUCGACCUGUCAAAGGAACCAGCCAUCAGCAAGAAGAUGAAGAGUUCGAGCGUCGAGAUCAAGUGGAAGCCACUCACUUGGUGUUCACAGAACCUGGUGACAAUAUGCCUCCUCUGCUUCACGGGUUUAGUCUCACCCGCCUCCAAGCUCAUCCUCUGCGGGUUUUAGGGUCUCGAUAAAGGGGCCUCAAACACAGGAUCGAUCUCUUCAGAUCAGUGGCUCCCUUCAAUCCCAAGUCAGAUUUUCAUGCAAGGCUCUGCAUUGCACGGGAACCUCAAGUCCCGAUAUGCUUUACCAAUUUUGCAACCAUGUGUGGGGGCUAGGCAUGCUGAUAUUUAUUACAAUUUGUGUACAAUUCUUACUCCUAAGAUCAUAACCGAAUCCUCUGCAAUUACAGAGCGAUGGAUCCGAAAGUUGUGCAAGUGAGCUUAGGAGGUAUGGAUAACUUAACAAUGUCAGCAGAGCCAAUGCUCAAGCUCUUGUUUCUAGAUCUGGAAGUUCUGAUAUCAAUCAAAUCAGUAAAAAGGAAGAAAGUUUCUG